AGUGUUUACACAGGGCUGAGGUCCACCACGUGCUGCAGGGUGCUGCUGCCACCUGUUGGCGGGUGUGGGUAUCUGCUCAGCAGCUUCACUAGCGUCGCUCCGCAUCCACGCACCCCUGAGCUCCUAACGCUGCUAAACAAUGAGCCGCCUCAACAACGUUCCGUUCAGCUCCCCCGCAGCUCCCCCGACACUCAGACACAAGCCUGGAAGAAUACCUAAAGACUUCAUGGAGGCGAUGAAACGUGUCCCAGUGAAGACAGCAGACAAUUCAAACACCAGGCCGCCGCCCAACGAGGCUGCUGAGACACGACUGACCAAGAAUAAACAGGUAGCAGAAAAACCAUCUGGCUUUAAAUGGAAAUCUUCAUUCACACCAUUAGGAGGAGAAGAAGAGGACUUAUCUCCGGAAAAAAGCGCAACGAAUUCAGAAAUGGUUGAGCUUUACGACCCUUAUGAACCUGGCUUGUCAGACUCUGAAUACGUGGUGGAACAGAGCAAAGCUCAACAUCACUCCUCAUCCGAUCAGGAUAACAACACGGAAUGUCAACAUUUGUCUCCAGGUAGAGGCUGCCGUGACAAAGGCCACUGGGACUCACCGUUCCCUAAGGCAGGGAACCGACUCUUUGACAGACCUGACUUAAGACCUGAAUUCAUACCUGAUGACAAUCAAGGUCUCAGUUCAGCUCAUAGACUGCCUGAACGAGAAGCUUACAGCCCGCACACUGAACCACUUGACCAACCAGGGUAUGCCUCCAUAAGUAGACCCCUGGACCACAGGGUGUGCAGCCCUGAGGGGAUUGUUGUCAGAUCCUCCAGCCAAGAGUUUCCAGCAUCUUAUGGAGGACAGGAGACCAAUGGGGAGGAGAGGAUAAGAAUGCCAGAACACAGGAGAGAGAUGACCAUUACUGUCAGAUUGUCCCCGCCCAAGUUACGGCAAAAUUCAAAACAUCAUGGGGGGCAUAUGGAAAAAGGUCCGGAACAAAUCAAGCCUGCCGAAGAGAAGACAAGAAACAGGAGAAAAAUGAUUAUAAUGGACAAGGAGCCCAUCACCUGCGACCUUUGUGAUGUUGAGCUAGCCAAUGGGCAGGAGCUGGAGGAUCACUUGGACAGCAGAAGCCACUGGGGGACACUGGAGUACAUUCAACAGAAUAAUAAUUAUGACGAUCUGGAAGUAGCUUUCCUGCAGGAUGUCAUGCUGUAUAAAAGCCGUCAGUGUAGCCGAGCCAUAGAGGAAAGUGCUGUGUUUGCUCUGCAGGAAAACGACCACAUGGCAAAGAUGGAAAUGUUCCACUGUGCAGCCUGCGAUGUCUUUGUAUCCACAUCUGCGUCCUCGGUGCAGUCCCACAUUACCUCUCUGGAGCACCUCUCCAACAUAAAGGAGUUUGAAGUGCACCAGAGACGUGCUUGCCUCGACAAAGCAGGAACCAUAAUGAAAAAGCUGAAACCUCAGUUUGAACACUUCGUACAGGGUGACAGCCCGUUUUAAUGACGGAGCCUUCAAAAAUACUGGAAACAGAGAUGCUGUUCACCUUAUAUGAAGAGAAAUGGACUCGACACAGCAGCUCACUUUGGACCACAACCAAAUAAAUGCUCCAUCAAUUCUCUGUACAGUUUAUUGCUCAGGGAACUCACUCUACAUGUACCAUUAAAGAUCUGGAUGGAUAUUCUUUCAUGUUAUUUCACAUUUUGUUAACUACCAAACUCCAAUCAUCACCAGUUGGUCAUUUUAAGAAGAUGAAUCUUGUGGUUGUUUUACAUUUAAGCAUUCAUUUAUCAUUUGUUUAAAAAAAAAAAAGAGAAAGCCAACUUGUUUCUUUGCUUCUUUUAUUGAGAACAACACAAAUGUUUUUAAGCAUUGUAUCUGUGUGAUAUAGUACAUUUAAAAUUAAAUUAUUUCAAAACAGUAUAUUUAAACAUUAAAUAUAGGUGACAUGUAUGAAGGGCAUUGCCAGCACAGGCUGUGCUUGAUAGGUCUUUUCUUCACCUUCACUUUUAAUUUCUUCUUUGUAUUAGAAACAAUGCAGUUACUGAAAUUCUAUAAAACACUUUCUAUGCAUAACAAGUUUGCAGACAUUUUUCUUUUUUGUUCUUGAGUAGCAGAUCACUUCUUCCACUUGUGAUUCUUGGACCUGUCUGUCGAGAGAACUUUUCUUCUCAGUAACUCUAUGGCCUGAAACCAGUGUGGGCUUGGAUUUCAUAAUGUUGUACAAAAGAAACGUGAUUAUAUGCAUCUUACGAAUGUGAAUAUUGAUAUAGAGGAGAGGUGCGCUCCCAAACUUUGACAAAAACAGACUCAAACCAUGAGAAAUCUGAGGUAAAAGUUGUUUUCAUUAGAAAUGGAUUCCACACAACAUUACUGCAUAAACAAGAAAACAGUCCGUCUAUUUGAAAUUGUUUUCCAACAACGGACUGUAUAAACGGAAAAAGGUAACAAUAUCCAAAAUAAUUAACUUUUUCAUCCGUCCAAAUGUCCAGACAUGUACAACACCUCCAGCAAUGAGCAGCAUUGUACUUUUGGCCAGUAUUUCAUUGACUUAAAAAAAAAAAAA